UUUAUAAUACCUAUUUCGUAUUUUCACUAUUUUACUGUUAAUUCGUUGAGUUUAUGUUUAUUGGUCAAAAUAAAAGGUCUUGUUUUGUUUUGCAUAGUCCAAGUUCCAUAAUCCAUUAACAAAAUGGAUGAUUUUGAACGUAAAGCUCCACGGAGUGCAAUCGCCUUGUACAUCAAAAUGUAUUCGAAGCAAAAGAAACAAAACAAAAAGGGUACUAGCUUAAUAACAGAAGCAGCAAAAUCUUGGCUGUCUCUAAGUGAAGCAGAAAAAAAUGAAUUUUCGAACAAGUACAAAGAAUGCAAGUUACUCCUACGGAAAAAAGUUGCCAAUCAAUUAAAGAAUAUACAACCAUAUAUGAAGAAAAAAAGGAAAACAAACUCUGAUAAGUUUUCAAGUGACUGUAUUGAAGACUUAAAUAAUACAUCCAACAUAUCUUGUGAUCAGAAUGAAACAAAAACUUUAGAAGAAAACAAUUUAAAUUGUGUUAACAAUGUAUUAUCAACUUUAGAAGAAUAUAACUUAAAUUGUGAUCUGAAUCUAUCAAAAAAUUUUCAUCAAAACAGGAUUAUUGGUAGCCCUGAACAUAAUUUUAAAUACAAAACAUUAAAUGAUAUGACAUCUGGGCAGCAGUUAUUUGAUAUGAUUCAGAAGGAUGAUAAUAAAACUUGGGCUGAACUUCUACCAUCACAGAGAAGACAAUAUCAAACUGCUGUUCUAUCAAUAAAGAAAAACUACUUAAAAGAAUAUAAAUCAUAUCUAGAAAGUCUGUCAACUGUAAAUCUCUUAGAACAUUAUAGAAAUGUAAAAAAUGAACUGGUAUAGUUAAUAAAAAAAAGUUCACA